AUGGCGGCCGCGGUGCUGGCGGCGGCGUCGGAGGGCGGCGGCGGCGCGGGCGGAGGAAGCAGCGGCUGCUCCGGCGGGGUCUCCGGGGCGCUCAUGCCGGGAGGAGGAGGAGGAGGGGGCCUAGGUUCGGGGGGCUGCCCUGGCGGCGGAGGCGCUGCUGCCUCUUCGGCGGGCCCGUCGUCGUGGACGCGCUCGUUGGAGCGGGCGCUGGAGGAGGCGGCGGCCAGCGGCGCCCUCAGCCUGAGCGGCAGGAAACUGAGGGACUACCCGCGGGGCAGCGCCGCCAGCCACGACCUCAGCGACACCACGCAGGCCGAUUUAUCGCGGAACAGACUCUCGGAGCUGCCAGCAGAAACUUGUCUCUUUGUUUCCCUUGAGAGCCUUAAUUUGUACCAGAAUUGCAUUCGCUAUAUUCCAGAAGCCAUUCUGAACCUGCAGUCCUUAACGUUCCUGAAUAUCAGCCGGAAUCAGCUUUCAACAUUGCCGGUUCACUUGUGCAGCCUGCCUUUGAAAGUUUUGAUAGCAAGCAAUAAUAAGCUCGUCUCACUACCUGAAGAAAUUGGGCAGCUAAGACACCUGAUGGAGCUUGAUGUAAGCUGUAAUGAAAUACAGACAGUUCCAUCACAGAUUGGCAGUUUGUAUUCUCUACGGGACCUGAAUCUCAGAAGAAAUCACCUGGUGCAUUUACCUGAAGAGCUUGCCGAGUUGCCUUUGAUUCGGUUAGAUUUCUCCUGCAAUAAAAUCACAACAAUCCCGGUUUGUUACCGUAACCUCAGGCACUUACAGACAAUCACCCUAGAUAACAACCCACUGCAGUCACCCCCUGCACAGAUAUGCAUAAAAGGAAAAGUCCACAUAUUUAAGUAUCUGAAUAUGGAAGCAUGCAAAGUAGCACCAGAUCUUCCAGAUUACGACAGGCGGCCAAUGGGGUUUGGUUCUUGCCAUGAAGAACUAUACUCCAGCCGACCAUAUGGAGCACUGGAUUCUGGCUUCAAUAGUGUGGAUAGUGGAGACAAAAGGUGGUCAGGAAAUGAACCUACAGAUGAAUUUUCUGAUCUUCCUCUGCGAGUGGCAGAAAUCACAAAAGAACAAAGACUGAGAAGAGAGAGUCAGUACCAGGAACACCGAGGGAGCAUGGUUGUCACCAACGGUGGAGCGGAACAUGAUCUGGAUCAGAUCGACUUUAUUGACAGUUGUGUCACCGAAGAGGAGGAGGAAGAGGGUUCACCAGUAAAACCAACACCCAUCAGGGAAUUCCACAGGUCAGAAGAUGCCAGAAGAUACUUGCAUCAUAAUAGAGAUGGAGAUGAAUUAAGACGACCUGAAAGUCUGAGCUUGACGCAUGACAGAGACCGACAGCAACUUCUGAGGAACUGCUUAGACCGAGCAGAAAGAGGUUCUGGCGACUCAUCUUGCCUUCUUUUGCUGUCCGGCACCCAUAAUCAGGUCUCUCACUCGGAUGCAGAUCUACACAAAAGGCGUGAGCAUUUAGUGGAGCGUACACGGAGGGAAGCCCAGCUUGCUGCGCUACAAUACGAGGAGGAGAAGAUGAGGACAAAACAGAUCCAAAGGGAGGCCGUCCUCGACUUUGUCAAGCAAAAGGCAUCCCAGAGCCCUCAGAAGCAAAGCCCUCUGGAUAGCGAGUGUCCCUUCCCAUCCAGAAGGUCUCAGCACACUGAUGAUAGUGCCUUGCUGGUGAAUGGUUUUGAGCCUAUCUUAGUGUUUGAGAUUGACAGUAAUACCAACACCAUUAAAAGGAGGCCGGGGACACUCAACCAGAGUGAUGACAGAUCCACCAUCUCGCCAAAUUCACCCACAGCUCAAACAGUUCACCUGUCUGCUCCAUAUCCUGGUCCAGCUGUUGCUGCUGCUCCUCCUUCCUACAGAAAUCCUCCCCAGCGUCCUGAGAGCUUCCUUUUUCGAAAUGUUGCCAGGGAUGAAGUGAGCAAAGCCACUGCAUCACUGUCGCCUUCUGCAUCGACACCUGCUAAUAGCACUGAGGACCAUAGUGAAAACCACAGUUCCAAGCUGCAGGAAGAAGAGGUUGAGCUGAUAGAGCAACUGCGGAAAAAAAUUGAAUCACGGUUGAAAGUGUCUUUGCCCAGCGACCUUGGAGCAGCACUGACUGAUGGCGUGGUGCUCUGCCAUUUAGCCAAUCAUGUGCGGCCUCGUUCUGUUCCUAGUAUUCACGUCCCAUCGCCAGCUGUUCCUAAAUUAACCAUGGCCAAGUGUAGACGGAACGUGGAAAAUUUCCUGGAAGCUUGCCGAAAGAUUGGUGUGCCUCAGGAGCGAUUAUGUUUGCCUCUGCACAUAUUAGAAGAGAGAGGGUUGACGCGAGUGGCAGAGACUGUACAGGCACUUCUGGAGCGGGCCCCCCCAAAACAGCACCACCAGCAGCAACAGCAGCAGCAGCAGCAGAAUCAGUUGGCUGCUGUGUAGUGACCCCCCCGAGACCUUGUUGCUUUUUCCUUGGCCAAGCCGAAGAAUGCCCGGACUUGACUGCUGGGCCAGCGUGUCCAGA